CACAACAGGCACAUGUAUUGUCAUGGGCGUGUGAAGGAGCAGCCCUACCACUACCAGAGUCAUUUCCCGCUAUCAAUAAAAGGACUGACAUAGUGUUGUCUCAUCGUGUCUGUGGAAUGUUAAGUCAUGUUUGAUCCGCUGGAUAAUACAUUGUCAGUGUUGCAAUAUUUUCAAUUUUCGCUUUUUCAUUUCACAAUGUGUUGAAGACACCUUGAUGUUAUUGCUAUCGCCGAUUGUUCAGCACGGUUACAUUGUGAUUGACGACAAUACGUUAAUAUUGGAUUCUAGAUGUAUUUGUUUUACACAUGGACAGCUGGGGUAUAAAAUUCGACUCACUGCAUAGAAAUACUCAAGCUUGGACUGGUCGGCGAGGUCACCAACAAGUUCGUGAUUGGUAAACGGGAUAUGUGAGGAUCUGGAAACCUGGCCCAGGAAGUACUUAUACCUGUUUUAGAAUAUCAAACCAGUCCUAGGAAGACCUAGUGAAGAAUGAACUUUAAAUCCAUUAGCCCAAAUUACGACUAUUCCGUCAAAUUAACUUCAAUUAUAUAGCAACAAGGCUUCACAAAACAUAAGGCAGGACCAGAACUACAGGUAGAAAGGACGAGUCAAGAGUUGUCACGUUUUCUGAUUAGCACAAGUGUGUGCGUGUGUCCGGAUUGGAAAUACUUUGAUACGAUAGUAACGGCGUUAAUCUUCCAUCUGUAUGGAGUAGAUUUAAAAGCAUAUAUGUGUUAUAGUGAUACGUUCUUUAUCUCUUGCCACUAUCUGGCCAUACAACUGGAUUCAAUAUCAUUUUUGUCAAAUUUGUGGGGAAAUCAGCUGACGUUAGUGAUUUGCUGGAUCCAUCCAUAAGUUUUUCAGUAUGGAUGAAGGACGUCUUGGCAUCGUUCGAAAGCGCGAAAAUAUUCACAGGAAAUAUGUUUACAUCGUUAAUGACGUGAUCAAAUCAAAAUGGGGUGUCUUAGACGAACAUAUUGCAAGAGAAAAGAUACAGCAAUCGUUAGACUGGGAAAAAUCAACUAUGGCGGUCCGGCGAAUUCUCAUUCGUCAGAAAGUACUAAAACAAUGUAUGAAAAUGAGGAGAGACGGCGUGGCAACCAAAGUUAAGGAGCGUAGGCUAGGGUAUUACGGCGGGAAGUCAGUUAAUGCCUUCACUCGUGACAUCGACCAUCAAAUAGCAGAAAAUCACCCUAGGCUUCGGAGAUUGCGCAAAGUUAGAAAACAAAUCCAGGAGAGUUUAGAAAAUGGUAAAAUUCUCAAACCUGUCGAAAUGUCGAAAAGAAUUACCAACUACUUUGAGAAACAUUUCAAAGAGGAGAAGAAAGUUGAGAAACCGGUAAAAGACGAAGAAGACGACGACGAUGUUCAGAAAAAAGACAUUUUUAGCCGACAUAGAGGCGCAUUACCACCAAUCCGAGGACUGGUUAACCCCUUUUACAAACUUGUGCGAGAUGAUGACGCUAAACCUAGUACAAAUAGUGAUCAAAACAAUGGCCAGGAGACAUUCGACCGUCUGGUCGUGGAAAGGGAACAGGGAAAACAUGAAAAGGAAAUAAACAAACACUCAGUGCUACCAACUAUUCAGCAAAGUGGUGGGGGAACACCGACUUCUAGAACGGUCAGUCCUGAGAAAUCAAACAAACUCCCGAAAGAGCAAUCAUUGCGACUAGAGAAAAAAGGCUCACUCAUUCUUCCUCCAAUUUCAUUGACAAAGGAACUUUUAGGAAAAACAACACGUGCAUAGCGGGUACGUGAGGAAAUUGUGUUGCCUCCAUCUUAGGCAAGUAUCGUUAAGAACGCUUUCUCCAAACACAGUAGAGGGGAAAUACUUCUGCAGAGCAGUAAGAGAUAGUGUAUAUGUUAUAAUGUACAAAGGUAUAUUUAUGAAUGUAUGUAAUACAAUGUCUUGGAGAGGACAUGUCGAUGCAUGCUUGAUGCUGUGGUCAGGUUAAGCACUGUUUAUGUACAUACCAAUUCAUCUAUAUUAAUUAUAACUAUAAGCUGAUAUUCAACCGUUUUUUAAACACAAUAUCUUGUGAAUGUUUGGACUUCUCUCGGAAACACCUUUUCACUAUCGAUUAAUAUUGCUGACAUAUACAUAUAAAUCGGUUGAUUAGAAAUUUGAUUUUCACAAUUAUUUUAAUGAGUUCAAUAAAUG